AUGCGGCAGCCUGGAAUGGCAGGCACCGAUAUGCCAACUCUAACACCUCGUCCAUUUGGCUCCGAAGAACCCAGAAGAGAGGCGAUGUGCGAAAGGUACCUUCUGGAUAUGGAGGGUGGAAAACAAACAGUACAUAAACAAAACAAAGAGCUUCACCGGACUUUGCCGUUGGUCCUUGUUGGAAGUGACAUCAACACGUGCGCAGACACAUCCACCUCUAUUACCCGGCCAGCACGCAACGUAAUACUGGUUGGUGAAGCUGGCAGUGGGAAAACGUCGAUCAUCAACAUGAUUGCUGGCAGUACCGUUGCACCGAUCUCAGAAGUCAGUGGAACACGCUCUUGCGCGGCCUAUCCAAUGGAAAUCGGCGGAUUGGACUACGACAUCUACGACACCCCUGGCGUUGCAGGACUUCGCCCUGAUCCUGUCACCAAGCUCGUUGAUAGCUUGCGGGACGGUGUGAGUUUACUGGUCUUUUGCCUACGGGGAAGAAUCACGGAAGACGCCGUUGCUAUCUAUCAGCAUGUUUCGCAGAGGCUAAAGGGGGUUCCGGUGGUUAUCGUAAUUACAGGCCUUGAGCACGAGGAUCCCAUGGAGUCCUGGUGGACGAAAAACGAGGCGAUCUUUGAUGGGUAUCGCAUGUCAUUCAAUGGCCAUGCUUGCGUGACGACAGUGCGAGGCAAAGGGUCCAUAUUUGCUAGCCAGUACGAAGAGUCGGCGGUCGCUGUGAGAGACCUGAUAACCAAACACUGCUUGAAAGACGGACAGAGAGCGGAGUCGCAGAGGUACCAGGAAACCGCUGCUAUCGCAACUCAUCCCAUCCACCGUUGGCUCCACCGUUGGCACUACCAUUGGCUCUACCGUUGGCGUUACAUCGUUCUCCUCGCCGCUGUCUGUAUUUUUAUUAUCGUUGUCGUUGUGGCCGUCGAAGCUUCCCGCUAGCGUGGUGGUGUGUGGUGGUAAUUAACGUUAUAUGUCAGGCUAGUUAGUUGUCGCAACUUUGUUCCUACAGCCAGAAGGGCCAGUUCAAUUCCACACACAUCGAUAUGGCUCAAUCC